AUGGGGGCCGCAAGACGCGGGACAUCCCCAGUACCUUCGCCAAUGCCUCCAACCUUUGUGGCUUCGCCUAUGCGUGGAGGCUGGUGUGGCGCCGCAACGCCAAUGACUCCGUAUCCUCCUCCCCUUUCUGCUCGAGAUCCAUCUCGUAGCACUGCUGCGGUGCGUGUGCACACGCCGAACGGUAUAGCUGCAGCUGUGCAUGUCCGACAAGCACAUUCUCCAACACCGCUGAUGUUUGCAAGACAUGCAGUGUCCGCCGUCGUUGGACAAGUGGGAUAUGCUUCUCCCAUGGCAGCAACGCCUCCCAGGCGAGCUCUUUUCGAGUACGCCUUGGCAUCACCGAGGCGGCUGGCACCUCAGGAGGCCUACACGAAAGUCACGAAGCCUGCUGCCAGCCCGAGACAGACUAGCAGCGUGGCCUCAAGCCGCUUUCAGCAAGUUCCUUCCGUGGCUCCACCAAAUCCUUCACCUUCAGUCAGCACAACGGUGGCCGAAGGAAACGGAGCUUCUGGGGCAAGGACUCCAGUGCCACCAGCGCCUACACCACCGCCUCCUGCGCCGCCACAGGCACAGACGCAAGAUGACGAAGGUAACAACUCACUCGUGCCAGGGAUGCAGCUGCAGGUGGGUUACCUUCACCUUCGUACUCAGGAGCUGCUGGGAAGCGGCUCCUACAGCACUGUAUGGCUAGCGCAGGUGGAGAAAGGGAAUGACACCGCCGAUGCGCCUCAGAAUGUUGCGCUCAAGGACGUGUUCUGCCGUGGUGAAGCUGCAUUGCAGCAAUCCCUGUUUGAAGUGCAGCUCCUAAUGGCAGUGGAGCGCCGGGUGAAGCGCGCAGCCCAGCGCGGGCAGCCUUUGCAGAUGCCCCGCCUGCCGCGCUGCCUGACAUACCAGGUAGAUGCCUCUGGCGCGGGCUGGAGUGUGCGGAUGGCGCUAACGCGCCUCAGGGGUGAGCAGCUAGACGGCUGGCUGCAAAGAUCAACAGAAGUCAGCAGCGAAUGCUCCCAAAUGCCCUGGACUGAUGCGUUGCGUGGUGGAUGCAUCCUUGCCAGGCCUUGGGCAUUGCUUGCUGCAUUUUUUGGGUACUAA